CCAAAAUCUUCAUUUCUGCAUUUCCUGAAACAAAACACAAUGAAGAUCCUUAAAGCCCUUUUGUUCUUAGCCAUUGUAAUUUCUGUUUCCUCAGCUCAACCACCAUCAACUAAAACCUCAGCCGCCGCCGGCGAACCGUUGUUCUCAUUUGACGACGGCCGGAAAGCGGCGGAAACGCCGACGACAUCGCUCCGGGGGGUCGGCCAUUUUCUGGCGCAGAAAGGGAAGGAGACGAAGGCGGAGAAAACGCGAAAUCAGACGUGCAACAAGAACCCUAGAAUCUGCCGAGCGAAGGGCAGCCCGGGGCCGGAUUGCUGCAAGAAGAAGUGCGUUAACGUGAUGAUUGACCGACAGAACUGCGGGGUUUGCGGGAAGAAAUGCAGGUACGAUGAAACCUGUUGCCGAGGAAAGUGUGUCAGCGUUUUGUUCGACAAGAACAACUGCGGCGGCUGCCGGAAAAAGUGCAAGAAAGGGACGACUUGCGUCUAUGGAAUGUGCAGUUAUGCGUGAUGAAUUGAAGCAAUUGCAUAUAUGCCUCCAGAGAUUUAAUUAAGUUAGUUAAUCUUGUUUAUUAUUUAUAGAUAUUUGUUAAUUAAAACAAUUUUUUUUCAAAGAAUAAUUAGGCGGUGCAUGCAUAAAUAUAAUGCAUAAUUAAUUAGCCAGCAGUUGUUUGUACGGUUGUGUAUUCUUUCCGUUCUUUAUACAUGUAAUUUUGUUAUAUAUUUGUAUGAAAUGGAAAAUACUAGCUAUUUAAUUUGUUCA